AAAUUACGUUUUGAUAUUAAACUUUACUUUAAUGGCUUUGUAAACAAUUUUGAACAGAAAUAUAAGUUGUCAAUUUAUAAAACCGGCUUUAUCGUAAACGCACGUAAACCGUUUCGGCACGUCACUAAUCUUACCAAUAUGGCAGUGAUACGUAUGACAACUGCAACUCCUCUACACAACUAGGAAAUAAUAACUUAUUAUUUGUUCAUAUACUUUAUUUGCACAUAAUGACGACCCCGGGGCGCGGGCGCGGCUACUCGGGCCGCCACCAUCUGCGCUCCCCUCGGCCCGGCGACGACGAUGCACGCGCCUUGGCUGAAUUGAGUCCGAGAGCAACAGACAAGCCAGAACCUAAACAGGAAAAAGAGAAGGAAGAUGUGGAAGACAAGGAGAGGAAAAGAGAGGAAGUGAAGUAUCAUGUAAGCGGGGAGGAUGAGGCGGCCUUGAAGGAGCUCCUGCUGAUUGAGGAGCAGUACACUCCGCUUCUGACAUUGCUGGAACAGUUCUCGCCGGGCGAGGACGGCAUCGCGUUUAACAGGAAACUAAAGAAUUUCGAGACUACAGUGUCCAGCAUAUGUCCUGAUGAGGCGCGCCUGCAGCAAGCUUUCGGCACGUUCCGCGCGGCGGCGCUGCAGUCGGCCGUGGCGGCGCGCAAGCUGGCGGCCGUGGGCGCCUCCUUCACCAGGCAGUCGCGCCAGCAGCUACUCCGCGGGGCGCUGCUCAACGUCGUCAUGCAGGGGACCUUCUCCAGUAACUAUCUAUCUUCUCCUACUCCUUGCAAGCUGGCGGCCGUGGGCGCCUCCUUCACCAGGCAGUCGCGCCAGCAGCUACUCCGCGGGGCGCUGCUCAACGUCGUCAUGCAGGGGACCUUCUCCAGUAACUAUCUAUCUUCUCCUACUCCUUGCAAGCUGGCGGCCGUGGGCGCCUCCUUCACCAGGCAGUCGCGCCAGCAGCUACUCCGCGGGGCGCUGCUCAACGUCGUCAUGCAGGGGACCUUCUCCAGUAACUAUCUAUCUUCUCCUACUCCUUGCAAGCUGGCGGCCGUGGGCGCCUCCUUCACCAGGCAGUCGCGCCAGCAGCUACUCCGCGGGGCGCUGCUCAACGUCGUCAUGCAGGGGACCUUCUCCAGUAACUAUCUAUCUUCUCCCACUCCUUGCAAGCUGGCGGCCGUGGGCGCCUCCUUCACCAGGCAGUCGCGCCAGCAGCUACUCCGCGGGGCGCUGCUCAACGUCGUCAUGCAGGGGACCUUCUCCAGUAACUAUCUAUCUUCUCCUACUCCUUGCAAGCUGGCGGCCGUGGGCGCCUCCUUCACCAGGCAGUCGCGCCAGCAGCUACUCCGCGGGGCGCUGCUCAACGUCGUCAUGCAGGGGACCUUCUCCAGUAACUAUCUAUCUUCUCCUACUCCUUGCAAGCUGGCGGCCGUGGGCGCCUCCUUCACCAGGCAGUCGCGCCAGCAGCUACUCCGCGGGGCGCUGCUCAACGUCGUCAUGCAGGGGACCUUCUCCAGUAACUAUCUAUCUUCUCCCACUCCUUGCAAGCUGGCGGCCGUGGGCGCCUCCUUCACCAGGCAGUCGCGCCAGCAGCUACUCCGCGGGGCGCUGCUCAACGUCGUCAUGCAGGGGACCUUCUCCAGUAACUAUCUAUCUUCUCCUACUCCUUGCAAGCUGGCGGCCGUGGGCGCCUCCUUCACCAGGCAGUCGCGCCAGCAGCUACUCCGCGGGGCGCUGCUCAACGUCGUCAUGCAGGGGACCUUCUCCAGUAACUAUCUAUCUUCUCCUACUCCUUGCAAGCUGGCGGCCGUGGGCGCCUCCUUCACCAGGCAGUCGCGCCAGCAGCUACUCCGCGGGGCGCUGCUCAACGUCGUCAUGCAGGGGACCUUCUCCAGUAACUAUCUAUCUUCUCCCACUCCUUGCAAGCUGGCGGCCGUGGGCGCCUCCUUCACCAGGCAGUCGCGCCAGCAGCUACUCCGCGGGGCGCUGCUCAACGUCGUCAUGCAGGGGACCUUCUCCAGUAACUAUCUAUCUUCUCCUACUCCUUGCAAGCUGGCGGCCGUGGGCGCCUCCUUCACCAGGCAGUCGCGCCAGCAGCUACUCCGCGGGGCGCUGCUCAACGUCGUCAUGCAGGGGACCUUCUCCAGUAACUAUCUAUCUUCUCCUACUCCUUGCAAGCUGGCGGCCGUGGGCGCCUCCUUCACCAGGCAGUCGCGCCAGCAGCUACUCCGCGGGGCGCUGCUCAACGUCGUCAUGCAGGGGACCUUCUCCAGUAACUAUCUAUCUUCUCCCACUCCUUGCAAGCUGGCGGCCGUGGGCGCCUCCUUCACCAGGCAGUCGCGCCAGCAGCUACUCCGCGGGGCGCUGCUCAACGUCGUCAUGCAGGGGACCUUCUCCAGUAACUAUCUAUCUUCUCCUACUCCUUGCAAGCUGGCGGCCGUGGGCGCCUCCUUCACCAGGCAGUCGCGCCAGCAGCUACUCCGCGGGGCGCUGCUCAACGUCGUCAUGCAGGGGACCUUCUCCAGUAACUAUCUAUCUUCUCCUACUCCUUGCAAGCUGGCGGCCGUGGGCGCCUCCUUCACCAAGCAGUCGCGCCAGCAGCUACUCCGCGGGGCGCUGCUCAACGUCGUCAUGCAGGGGACCUUCUCCAGUAACUAUCUAUCUUCUCCUACUCCUUGCAAGCUGGCGGCCGUGGGCGCCUCCUUCACCAGGCAGUCGCGCCAGCAGCUACUCCGCGGGGCGCUGCUCAACGUCGUCAUGCAGGGGACCUUCUCCAGUAACUAUCUAUCUUCUCCUACUCCUUGCAAGCUGGCGGCCGUGGGCGCCUCCUUCACCAGGCAGUCGCGCCAGCAGCUACUCCGCGGGGCGCUGCUCAACGUCGUCAUGCAGGGGACCUUCUCCAGUAACUAUCUAUCUUCUCCUACUCCUUGCAAGCUGGCGGCCGUGGGCGCCUCCUUCACCAGGCAGUCGCGCCAGCAGCUACUCCGCGGGGCGCUGCUCAACGUCGUCAUGCAGGGGACCUUCUCCAGUAACUAUCUAUCUUCUCCUACUCCUUGCAAGCUGGCGGCCGUGGGCGCCUCCUUCACCAGGCAGUCGCGCCAGCAGCUACUCCGCGGGGCGCUGCUCAACGUCGUCAUGCAGGGGACCUUCUCCAGUAACUAUCUAUCUUCUCCUACUCCUUGCAAGCUGGCGGCCGUGGGCGCCUCCUUCACCAGGCAGUCGCGCCAGCAGCUACUCCGCGGGGCGCUGCUCAACGUCGUCAUGCAGGGGACCUUCUCCAAACUAGAUGUGCUGGAGCGAGCCAAUCCCCUGUUCCUCAUAAAUGCUGCCAACCUCAUGGGGGAUUAUUUCGCAGAAGCGCGGCUGUGCAACGGCAACAAGGUGCACAUCCUGGCGGCGCCGCUGCUGCAGUACAUGAAGGCGCUGCUCGCCAGCGGCGACCUGCGCGCGCACCGCAGCCUGGCCACACAGGUAAGCGCGGCUGUGCGACGGCAACAAGGUGCACAUCCUGGCGGCGCCGCUGCUGCAGUACAUGAAGGCGCUGCUCGCCAGCGGCGACCUGCGCGCGCACCGCAGCCUGGCCACACAGGUAAGCGCGGCUGUGCGACGGCAACAAGGUGCACAUCCUGGCGGCGCCGCUGCUGCAGUACAUGAAGGCGCUGCUCGCCAGCGGCGACCUGCGCGCGCACCGCAGCCUGGCCACACAGGUAAGCGCGGCUGUGCGACGGCAACAAGGUGCACAUCCUGGCG